CCCAGAGUAAAGCGUCGUCUCAUAUUUCUAGGGUUAGGUUUUGUUCUGAAAUUGAGCAGACAAAUUUACAGAGCCGAGUUGUCCCAAAAUGGCCGAAUUUAGGGUUUACAACUCGAUGACGCAGCAGAAGGAGGUCUUCAAGCCCAACGUUCCCGGCGAGGUCAGUAUGUACGUCUGCGGCGUCACCGCCUACGAUUUCAGCCACAUCGGCCACGCCCGCGCCGCCGUCAACUUUGAUGUCCUCUUCAGAUACUUAACGGAGCUGGGUUAUAAGGUCACAUACGUGAGGAACUUUACCGAUGUUGAUGACAAGAUAAUUAAUAAAGCAAAUGAGAUUGGGGAAGAUCCAUUAAGUGUAAGUAAUCGUUUUUGCCAAGAAUAUCUCAAUGACAUGGGAGAUCUCCAAUGCCUCACUCCAACCUAUCAGCCGCGUGUUUCUGAUCACAUGGAACAGAUAAUAGAUAUGAUAAAACAGAUCAUCAACAAUGACUAUGCCUACGUAGUUGAUGGAGAUGUAUUCUUUGCUGUUGAGAAAUUCCCAAAUUAUGGGCAGUUAUCUGGACAAAAGUUGGAACAUAUUAGGGCGGGUGAACGAGUUUCUGUUGAUUCAAGAAAACGCAAUCCUGCAGACUUUGCAUUGUGGAAGUCUGCAAAGCCUGGAGAGCCAAGUUGGGACAGCCCUUGGGGACUAGGAAGGCCGGGGUGGCACAUAGAAUGCAGUGCCAUGAGUGCUCAUUAUCUUACGUUCAAGUUUGAUAUUCAUGGUGGUGGUAUUGACUUGAUUUUUCCACAUCAUGAAAAUGAGAUUGCUCAAAGUGGUGCUGCAUACCAGGAGGGCUGUGUCAGUUAUUGGUUGCACAACGGUCAUGUUACUAAUAAUAAUGAGAAAAUGUCAAAAUCAUUGGGAAACUUUUUUACAAUUCGUGAGAUUACUGAACGGUAUCAUCCCCUGUCUUUGAGAUACUUCUUGUUAAGUGCACACUAUAGAACUCCUCUCAAUUAUAGUGUCUCCCAGCUGGAAGGUGCAUCGGAUGCAGUGUAUUACAUAUAUAAUACUUUACAAGAAUGUGAGGAUGCUUUAUCUCCAUUUCAAGAUGGGGCCCUAAAGGAAGGUGCAGAACAAAAUGGUAGAACAGUUAGAAUUACUCAAGAAGCUGAAGUAUUGAUCAGUAAGUUAAAGAAGGAAUUUGAGGCUAAAAUGUCUGAUGACUUGAACUCUGCAAACAUAUUGACCGGUGCUUUUCAAGAUGCCUUGAGAUUUAUAAACACAUCUUUGAAACCACUCAAGAAGAAGCAUCCGAAGCAACAGCAGUUAUACAAGUCACUAGUUGAAACAGUGAAAGCUGUUAAAAAAGUUCUUGACAUUUUGGGUUUGCUAUCCUCCCUUACAUACUCUGAGGUAGUGCAGCAAUUGAAGGCUAAGGCGUUGAAGAGGGCUGGACUUUCUGAAGAUGACGUGCUGCGUACAAUUGCAGACAGGACAUUAGCAAGGAAAAACAAGGAUUAUGCAAAAAGCGAUCAGAUCAGAGUCGAAAUGGAGGAAAAGGGUAUUCAAAUCAUGGAUGUGGGCAAUGAGAGUAUCUGGAGACCUCGUGUCCCCAAAGAACCAGAACAAAAUUAGGAAUCCUCAUCCUUUGCAUUGCAGUUUUGUAUCACUUUUAUUGUUGAAAUCAGAUUAUAAUAGUGGAUAUCUUUCAUAUUCAUCGCCUUGUAAAGUGCAAGUUUACUGUCUGCACAUGAUGUAUACUGAGAAUUGCAAUUGUGAGAAUCUGAGACUAGAUUAUCACAAAAGGAAUUGUACUCGUAAGAGUGGAGGGAGGCACAAUACGAAAAAGGUCGUUUCAGAUUCAGGAUGUGUACAAUAAACACUUGAUCUUGGCGGGAGGCCGAAAUGAAUUGGCUUGAGGGGACUUGAACAUUUGUUUGGAAGCAGCAAUAGUGGACUCUCCUUCAGCUAGGCUUUGCCUUGAUGCAACGACUCACAGAGCCUCUUAGUCUAGCUAGUUAGCCAUGUUGGGAACUUUAGUAAGACAACAGUUUAUUCAAGUUCAGGUGUUUGCAUGAUAUAGUAUUGUGAGAUUAUGACAUGGAAAUGUUUUAAUGAAAAGUAAUGUAAGUUUAGCA